AUUGCGAUUUUCUUCGAGAGCGGGUGUUUGCGUCUAAUCGCUGUAUCAUAUUUUGUUAGUUGGCCGUGAAUUCUGGUUGUUAAUGUAAGCUAUUUGCGUUCAUUAUUCACCUGAGGUUCAAUCGAUUACUUGCAGGAUAAAACUGUGUAGUUCAGAAAAAGUUAAAAGUAAAAAUUGCGGUAAAGUGAAUGUUAGGAAGAAACAAAAUAACCUCACAUUUUUCUUGUACCAGUUUUCUCGCGGUUUUCGCAGCGUGUGAACCAAGUCAAAUUAUUUGUGCAACGUCAUUUGGUCUCUAAAGUUCCUAUUUUUGAGUCACUCAGUCGCUACCAGGUCUGCAUUUCUAAAGUGAAUGUUUUAUCAAGAUCGGGAAUCGGUAAAGAGCUCAUUAAGAAAUGGCUAUUUAUCAUCCGGAAAUCCCCAGAGGAACCUGUAUCAGGGGACAUUUACAUUUCUGCAUAAAAAUAUAGCGUGAGACAACUCCAUUUUCAGGAUUUUCCAUCAGGAAUCUUUCAUAUCAGGCAUAUUGUUUAAUAUAACCUGGAUGCCCCGAAGGAACUCGUAGUUGGAGAAGUUACAUAUCUGCAAUAAAAUAUAGCAUGCGACACCUCUAUCUUCAGGAUUGCUCUUCAGGAAUCAUCCAAAAGACAUAUUUCUGAACACAGACGGCAUUGACCACUACCGGAACAAUCCAAAUGCCCCGGAGGAACCCUGAAGGGGGAAAUUACAUUUCUGCAUCAAAUAUAGCGAAUUUAGUUUAGCUCAACAAUCACAUCAUUUACACUGAUUGUUUGGUGAAAAGAUAAAUACUUAGUCCGGCGGAGAAUUUGCUGUCAUUGUGUGUGUACAUCUCCUGGUCGUAAUAUUAUUUGCAGAAAAUUGGCAGUGUGUUAGUGCAGGAAUGGAUCAGCAACAAAAGUUGCACCGGAGGGAUUUGCAACCAUCGUUCCCAUCCAGAGGAGGAACCGCUGGAAUAACUACAUUCGAUGGCACAGCAGAAGAUAUCGGCGGUCACAGCGAAAAACGAAAACGUUGCGUAGUCGAGUUUGAUAGUGAUGAAGAUGAUUUUGCCGGAUUUGAUGAAGAUGACGCCGCUGGUAGCGAAAAUGGAGUUUUGAGCCCACCGAGAUCGACUAGUGCAUCAGUAAUUACAAAAAAAGUUAAGGAAUUUGAAGCUAAUUUGUCAUCAAAGACUAGGGCAUUUCCGCCUAAAAUUUCUAUUGAAGAAACUGCAGGUGCAAAUGUGGAUGAACAGGAAGAUAUGGAAUCUGUAGUUGGUUUUGCACCAGCGGUUGGAGCUGGAAUGCUUGACAACAGUGCUAAGAUGAUAAUUGCUGCCAAUCAGGUGAAGCGAAAGGUAACCGCCACUGUUAAUGCACAAGAUGAAGCAUUCAGAGUGCCAUUCAAGUAUGGUUGGAAAAGAGAACUGGUGUACCGGGCCAAUCUAGAUGGCAAUAGUAAAGAUAAAGGAGAAGUCUACUACAUAACACCAGCUGGCAAAAAACUGCGUACUCGAAAUGACAUUGUAAUGGCUUUGCAUGAUGGGUUAACAAUGGAUAAUUUUACUUUUGUGAAAGAUCCUGUCGGAGGCUCUCGGGAUGAAGAAAUUAUAAGGAGUGCUAAAACAUAUGGUUCAACACCGAGACGCUCCCUCACUUCGGCAUCAGUAUUGGAUGUCCCUCCGAUUGCAGAAAACAAUCUUGGAAAACGCAUUCCAAAACCGAAAAUGCCCAAAGGCUCAAGUCCUACUCCUCCUUCAUCGUACGCCCGUACUUCCAUGAAUCAGGCGCGCACACCUCCAUCUUCACGAUCUAACUCGCAGACUUCACCAAAAUCAGGUGCGACGAUGACUGCUUCGCGUUGUCCUGCACAGGUUGCAACUGGAACUAGGCCGAAUGAAAAUGUUUUCGGUGCGACUAAAGCGAUGAAGAAUAAAAACAAAGUCGAAACAUGCACCAUCCAGUGUCUACCGGCUAUGGGAAUGAUUCCUCAACUGCAAUGCAUGUCCUGUCUCUGUAUGUACCAUCCGGAAUGUGUCGGGGCAACCACGGCAGAGAUUCUUGCCCGUCGAUUUACCUGCAAGAUAUGCUUAGAUGAACAACCGGCUGUCUCGGAGUAUGAAAGUGCUCCUAUCAUGACAAAGUCUGCAGUAAAUUAUACACCCGCGUUAAUGCCACUAACUACUCAAUCACUCAAUGGAAAUACGCAUGCGACUAUUCAGUCAAUGGAAAAACAAAGGAAACCAACACCACCGCAACAGCCUCCAAAAACUGGACCCGGAACACUCAAAAACAAUGGAAAGGAACCACCUCCACAAGAUUUGAUAGUUGUUGGUAAUCACCAGUUCAUUGUUGUCCCAAAGGGCAAAACGACUACAAAGAACAAAAAGAAUUCGAAAAUAUCCCAGUCUAUACCAUCAAUACAGUCUCAAUCUGUUGUAUCUGAUGAUGUACGAAAAUCGCUGGGCAAUACCAAAACUGCCAUAUCUGCGCAAAAUAAUCGAAACUUCAUUGCUGCCGAUCUAGCCGCUAUACGAAGCGAGUCCGAUAGCCUUACAGUAUCCCGACCCUCUUCGCUUGCCGCGGGUUUUGAUCAGAAUCGCCUGUUUGCAUCGAACUUUUUUUCUAAUGUAUCAAUCGGUUAUGACGUGCUACAACAAACUUUCCAGUAUCUCAAAGUACAGGAACUUCUACGUGCUAGCUGUGUAUGCCGGAUGUGGAAUCAGGUGGCUAAUCAUCCUAGACUUUGGAGAACUGUGCGUAUGAAAAACUCGCAUGUUAACGAUUGGAGCGGAUUGGCUAAUACCCUGAGAAAGAAUGGUACAAAGCAUUUAGAUCUGAGAAAGAUGUUGAUCUCCGGAAAUAGUGACGAAAUGUGGAAGAGUUUUAUGGAGAACAUUUCGUACGUAGAUCAUUUGGAAAGGAUCGAUUUAUGUCGAUGUUCUUCAGUAGUGGUCGGAAAUUUGCUCAAGUCCAACCCAAACCUUAAAGUGAUAAACGCACUAGCAAUAAAAAACGAUCCAAUGGAUUUUUCGUACUUUGAACAUGGAAAAUUUCUCCGGGAGCUACGUCUUAAAUCUUCUACCGCGGUAUCCGUGGAAAGUGAUUUUUCACAGAUUGGAUUUUUGACUAAUUUACGGCAUUUGUCGUUAACAUCUAUUCAGAAGCUAGGAUCUACUUCAAUAAAUGCUCUUAGUAGUUUGGUAAACUUAGAAUCACUUGAGCUAGGAGAAUGUACGGAAAUUGGACUGAAUCUAGCAGAAGUCCUGCCAAAAUUAUUUAAAUUACAGCGAAUUCGAUUGGAAAAAGGUCAAGAGAAUUUUAAUAUGUUUUCCGUACUUGAUGGUAUUUCGAAAGCUCCAAGUUUAACUCAACUGGAACUGAUUAACUGUGACGUUAAAGUUGGUUUUGACAAGCACAUAAAUAAAUGCAGUAACCUCAGGAAACUGCUGUUAAUUCCAACCUAUGUUUCACAGUCAGCUGCUACAAAUCACAUGGUGCUAAGUGGCAUAGCUAAGUUGAAAGAAACAUUGAAAAUGUUUAUUUGGACAGUGACUGUAGAACUGUUACGUGUCACUGAACUAUACAUCGAUCAGUGUGACAGUAAAAAUCGCGACGAAAAGAAUAGUCCCGGGGAAAGCAUACCAAUUUUGAAACCAGUCCCCGGAGUAGACGAAGUUCCAACAGCGAACAGCUCUACUACGUGUGAAGCGCCAGCUCAAGUAGAAAUCGUGCCACUUUCCACGGUCAAUAAAAUUUUGGAUCGGUCGCUUCCAAAAACCAAACUGAAGAUAUUAAAAAUUCCAUUCGCUAGCACUUGGAAACAAGGAAUGAUCGAUAUUUGCUAAAAUUUGUUAAGCCAAUGUUGAUAGGAGAACAAAAAAAUACAUUCACUUAAUGCAAAUAGUUUUAUUAUUAUUAUCUAGUAGUUAGUAGUCACACGAAUUCUAUGUGUGGUAAAAUACUUUCAUAUUAGGUGUGAGACACAACUAAGUUAUUUUAUUUUUGGUAAACGUCAUUACCUAAACUGUACAUAUGAAUAAAAUACACAUCAUACAUUAUCGUGUCGAACAAAGGAUUGUAAUUUAAGUAUAGAUUUUAAAAACCUUCGCACAUAAAAAAUACUGUUAUUUCUUUGACAAUUACGUAAGUUUAUCUAUAAGCACCGAGAUUGUUAAUUCGAAUUACCUCUUAUUUGACGAAUCAUUUGAAUUGUAGCUAAACGAAAUUCAGCAAUAAAUUUUUCUAGUUGAAUUGUCACUAUUUAGUUGAACACAACUUCAAGCAAAGCAAAUUCAAGCUAGACGCAAUGGUGUAAAUUUUUUGCCAAGCUCAAACAUUGUUUUAUUUUGUUUGUCGUCUUAAUUUUUUCUAAAUUUAAUCAUAAAAUGUAAAAUAUAGUAAACAUUCAGCUGAGAAUACAUACUUAAGAGUACACGAUUUAGAA